AAUCUCAUAUAGCAAAUUUAAUUAAAAAUAGUUUUCCUGAUUUAUAUUUAGAUUUUAAUAUUAAUUUACCAACAAUUCAAACUAAGCUAUCAUUUUUUAAAAGUUUUGGAAUAAAUUUUAGUAUAGGAGAACCAGAUAUAAUAAAUGAAAUAAGACAAGGUGCUACUGAUUUACAUCGAGAUAAUAAUGAUUGCUUAUAUGCUUUUUGUGUAAUAAUAGUCUUUGGAAAUUUUGAAGGUG